AUGGAGGACGAGCAAGCUGCAACCGAGGCAUCUCAACUAGACAAGGAGAUUGCCUCACUAAGAAAACAAUCCACAUCGCUACGCAAAGUCCUCCAGAUCCAAUGCUCAACCAUUCUCUCAUCAGCAUCAACCUCACGUCUCAUCCGUUCCUCUUCAUCACCAGCCGUAGGCCGCCGCGCCCGCACAUCAGACACCCCAUCCACCAAGCUCAACAGCCGCUCAACCCAGCAACAAGCAUACAUGCAACAAUGCAUCUACCGAAUCUCCGCACCAGUAACCUCCUUCAAGGUUCGCGACCCGGACCCCAACGCCGUAGAUAACGGCCACGUUUUGGGUCUCCGGUUCGAAAUCAUGUCGCGCGGCCAGUUCCUCCGCCCCUACUAUGUCAUGCUGAACCCGUAUCCCAGCUCAAAACACCUCCGCGUCCACAGACACACUGUUCCUCCCGCGGUGCCCCUGGCCGGCCUCGCAGCAAGGCACUUGCCGCAACCGUCGCGAACUACCGCCAGCGACAGUUCCACGGAACAGGAUCUGGAUCGGUUUGUGAGGACGCUCCGGCGGGAGAUUGUGCGCUACCACAACCGCCUGGGCGUUUCUGCAGACCUCAGACGAAGACUGGGCUUACACGAGAGGAGUCAACAGGCCACAUCGCCGGAUGCGCUUGUAGAAGCUAGCAUUGCGGACAUUGAAGCCAAGCAAAUCAAUCUUGCGUGGGCGAAUGACAGGACCGGCCGACUUAUCAUGGAUGAUGACGGCAACGUUGUCAAGUUUGUGGUAUUUGGGAGGGACGGGCGCGACUGGGAAGCCUCGAGCGCCGUGUUUGAGAAGAACGAUAGUAUUGAGGAGGUCGCGAGGAAAUUGGAGGAGCGUUUGGAGGAGAGUAUAUCGGAAGAGUAG